GCCCUGUGCGAGCUCCGCACGGUGCUCCGCCGGUCGCUCUGGCGCCUCGUGCCGGUCACCAGCUCCCCCGCCGGCGUGGCCCGCAACACGCUGUGGUACCACAGGUGCGCCGGCAUGGGCGAGGACAUGGCGGUGCUGCCCCGCUUCGAGGUGGUGAAGGACCUCGGCUGUGGCCACUUCGGUGCGGUCGUCCUAGUCAAGGAGCGCUGCACCGGCCAGCUGGCGGCCGUGAAGGAGUUCGAGCGCCCCCCAACGGAGAGCCCAGACUGCGCCGCCGAGGACGAGGGUCAUAUCCUGAAUGCGCUUGCGCAUCCGAAUCUGAUCCGGUUGUUCGAGGUGGUGGAGACCGAGAGCAAGGUGCACGUCGUGAUGGAAUUCGCCCCAGGGGCCACGCUGACCGCGCACGCGGCCAGGACGGCGCGGGGCCCCUGGAUCUCGGGGGCCCUGCAGCAGGUGCUCAGCGCCACCGCCUACUGCCACGCCUGCCGGAUCCUGCACGGGGAUCUGAAGCCGGAGAGCUGGGCCGUGAAA